AUGGGUCGUCUUGUUUUUGUGCUUGCGAUUGUCAUGCUAGUGUCUGGGUGGUCAUCAAAUGUGAGAUCAAGAACCCAAGCUGCUGCUGCAGACUUUUGUGUAGUCAGAAUUCCCACCUGGGCAGGUGAAUUGUCUCUGAAUUAUUCACCAGAUUGCGUUGUUUUGCUUGAGGAAUUCCUCGACUGCUUGUUGUACCUGGAGGGCAUAUACCCAGAACCAUUGGGAAGUUGUUGCGGUGGGAUGAAAAUCAUCUCGCAGUGGUGGAGAUACAGGAGAGGUCGUCAAGGUAUCUGUGAAUGCUUUAAUGAGUUCUCUGCUGAUUUUGGACCAAUUGAUUCUCAUCGUCUCAAAGUUCUACCCGAGAAGUGUGGAGUGAUGAACCUUCAACUCCCACCCAUCUCUUCUGAGAACAAUGACUGCUCCAAGUACUGA